CUUCUCCAUUGGCGUUUUGACACCACUUCGGGCGGCCACACAACCUCACUGCCAACAUGUCUUCUCGUCCAGAGCUCAAGGUUGAUGACGAGCCUGGCUUCAUCAAGUUCUUCCGCAACCUGCCAGAGAAGAGCACCGAUACCGUUCGCAUUUUCAACCGCGGCGAUUUCUACACCGCUCAUGGCGAGGACGCCACGUUUAUUGCCCGCACGGUCUACAGAACCACUUCCGUCCUUCGCCAGCUCGGCCGCGAACCCGGCCUCGAAUCCGUAACGCUCUCCGUAACCGUCUUCCGCAACUUCCUUCGCGAAGCCCUCUUCCGACUCAGCAAGCGCAUCGAGAUAUGGGAGUCGUCAGGGCGCAUGGGCUGGAAGGUCGCCAAGCAGGCUUCUCCGGGUAACCUGCAAGACGUAGAGGAAGACCUGGGUGGCCAGCUCGAGUCUGCUCCCAUUAUUCUCGCAGUUAAGGUGUCGGCCAAGGCAUCCGAGGCACGGAAUGUCGGUGUUUGCUUCGCGGAUGCCAGCGUGCGCGAGCUCGGCGUUAGCGAGUUCCUCGACAACGACCUCUACUCAAACUUCGAGUCGCUGCUCAUCCAACUCGGUGUUAAGGAGUGCUUGAUUCAGGCAGAUGGACAGAGGAAAGAUGUCGAGCUAUCAAAGCUGAGGACUAUUGCCGACAACUGCGGCUGUGCCGUCUCCGAGAGAAGUGUGGCCGACUUUGGCGCCAAAGACAUCGAGCAGGAUCUCUCGCGGUUACUUCGCGAUGAGCGUGCGGCAAGCACGCUUCCUCAAACGGAUCUUAAACUCGCCAUGGGCUCUGCGGCGGCCUUGAUCAGAUAUCUUGGCGCAAUGAGUGACCCCUCUAACUUUGGUCAGUACCAGUUGUAUCAGCAUGAUCUGUCGGAUUACAUGAAGCUGGAUGCUGCAGCGCUAAAGGCCUUGAACCUGAUGCCUGGUCCUCGUGACGGCUCCAAGACGAUGAGUUUGUAUGGUCUGCUCAACCACUGUAAAACUCCGGUUGGCAGCCGGUUGCUCGCGCAGUGGCUCAAGCAGCCUCUGAUGGGUGUUGAGGAGAUUGAGAAGAGGCAGCAGCUUGUUGAAGCAUUCGUCAAUGAUACCGAACUCCGCCAAAUCAUGCAGGAAGAGCACCUCCGCUCUAUUCCUGAUCUGUACAGAUUGGCGAAGAAGUUCCAGCGUAAGAUGGCGAACUUGGAGGAUGUUGUCAGGGCAUAUCAAGUCGCCAUUCGUCUCCCUGGAUUCUUGGGCACCCUCGAGGGCGUCAUGGACGAGCAGUACAAGGAUCCGCUGGAUUCCGAGUACACCAGCAAGCUGCGCGAUUACUCUGACAGUCUUGCCAGACUACAAGAAAUGGUAGAGACGACCGUCGACCUCCAGGCACUCGACAACCAUGAGUUUAUCAUCAAGCCCGAAUUCGAUGACAACCUCCGCAGUAUCCAUAAGCGGCUCGAUAAGCUCAGAUACGAGAUGGAUGUUGAGCACACUCGGGUCGGCAAAGACCUCAAUCAAGACACGGAGAAGAAGCUUUUCUUGGAAAACCACAAGGUCCAUGGCUGGUGCUUCAGGUUAACGAGAAACGAAGCUGGUUGCAUCCGUAACAAGAAGCAGUACCAGGAAUGUUCGACGCAGAAGAAUGGUGUUUAUUUCACUACUUCUUCUCUCCAGCAGCUGCGCCGUGAGUUCGACCAACUGUCGGACAACUACAACCGGACCCAGAGCGGGUUGGUUAACGAGGUGGUCAACGUAGCUGCAUCUUACUGUCCCAUCUUGGAAAAGCUUGCCGGCACAUUGGGUCACCUCGAUGUCAUUGUCUCUUUCGCACAUGUAUCAGUCCACGCCCCGACGGCGUAUGUCCGGCCAAAGAUGCACGCUAGAGGAACUGGUAACACUAUUCUGAAGGAGGCCCGUCACCCCUGCAUGGAAAUGCAAGAUGAUAUAAACUUCAUCACAAACGACGUUUCGCUGGUCCGCGGAGAUUCAGAGUUCCUGCUCAUCACCGGCCCCAACAUGGGUGGUAAAUCGACCUACAUCCGGCAAAUCGGCGUGAUAGCACUGAUGGCACAGGUCGGGUGCUUCGUGCCGUGCACGGAAGCUGAGCUCUCCAUCUUCGACAGCAUUCUCGCACGCGUCGGCGCCAGCGACAGUACGCUCAAGGGCGUGUCGACGUUCAUGGCGGAGAUGCUGGAAACAGCCAACAUCCUCAAGUCGGCGACGCGCGAGAGCCUGAUCAUCAUCGAUGAGCUGGGACGCGGCACGAGCACAUACGACGGCUUCGGCCUCGCGUGGGCCAUCUCAGAGCACAUUGUGCGCGAGAUUGGGGCUUUUGCCGCUUUCGCGACGCAUUUCCACGAGCUGACGGCGCUGGUGGACACGCAUCCGCAGGUGCAGAACCUGCACGUGGUGGCGCACAUAGGGGAGCAAGACCAACAGCAGCAACAACAAAGCAGCAAGGCGGAAGUGACGCUGCUGUACAAAGUCGAGCCUGGGGUGUGCGACCAGUCAUUCGGUAUCCACGUUGCCGAGCUCGUGCGUUUCCCGCCCAAGGUGGUGGCGAUGGCGAAGCGCAAGGCGGAUGAGCUGGAGGACUUUUCCGGGAAGCAUGAGCUCGGGAUGGAGGAGGCGUCGAAAGAGCAGGUGGAGGAGGGGUCGCUGCUGCUGAAGGAGGUGUUGGUACGGUGGAAGGAGGAGGUGGCGCGCGAUGGGCUGGAGUCGAAGGAGGCGCAGGUGGCGCGGAUGCGCGAGCUAGUGAGGGAGAACGAGGCCUUGAUGCGGAAUCCUUUUUUUAAGCGCGUGAAGACGCUGUAGGGCUCGGCUGGGUGUUGCUUUUUGUUCGGAUUGCUUGUUUGGAGAGAGCUUUUUUUCUUUGGCUGGGGUGCUGAGGGUCGUCCUCUUGAUUGCUGGUUUGUUUGUUUGUUUGUUAGUUUGUUUUUGUGCUUACCUGUCUGACGGGUUUCUGGUCUGAGUGGCUGAUGUUUGUGAGGCUGUCUUCAGGACUGGAGACAAAAUAUGGGUGCUGUGAUGGCUCUGGCGUUUGGGAAAGAGAGGGUUUGUUCUGUUAGAGACGUUAUACUGUUUAUGGCUGUUGGGUAUGUAUAUCUAUCUAUGCGCUGCUUGCUUACAAACUGCUGGUUCACGC